CGACAAACGACCGCUAUAUCGCAUUAUCACCUUCAAGUUCAUAAGAGAAAGAUCAUUGGUUUAUAAGAAUCAUAUUGAAACAGGUCUGUACCAAAGUUCCACCAUGAAUCGGCAAGGUUGGUCUCUCCUCGACACCUCUGCCCUUUGUUCACCCUCCGAUCACGACCCUCGACAAUCGCCUCGUCAACCCGACACUUGCGUUCACGAGCCUGAGCCUUCGCGUUUGAAGUACACAGAGGAAAUACGCACGGAAUAUUGAUCUCGCCGAUCUCUCGGAAAUUCCCCAACAACACCCACGUCGCCGCCGACGGACUUUGUGGUCACUGCGCUUUUGCUUUUUAUGAUUUCCCUCUCGCGCAAUAUAGUAGCUAACUCGAUCUCUUCAUAGGCCCCGGAGCGCAGCCUCUUCGAUCGGUUCCGAACAACAUGUUCCAAAAUCAGCAGAACACUCGCGGUGCGCCGCUCGGUUCGAACAGAUUACAGCAGAAUGGGAAACUUGGGAGCGGUUCACAAUGGUCUUUUGGGGGCCCAAUGGGUGGAGCGCCUGGUCUGUCGAGCGCACAAUCACGAACAAACGGCGCUGGCCUAUCAAGCUUCGCGCAAACAAUCGGAAACUCGCAACCACAUACGCCACUCAAUCUUGAAGAGUUCCCCUCAUUGUCCGGUGCCCCCCAAGCUCAGCAGAAUACCUCCGCACAGCAAAUGUGGUCAAAUCCCAAUCUGCGAACGACACAACAGCACUCUACAAUCCAGAGACCGCAGGUCCAGACACCGGGAGCCCAAACAUCCAACAACAACGCCCAGCAGUUACCAACCCAAUCUCACGACGAUAACAGCUCUGCGCAAGGCCAGUUCUCCAGCGCUGGCGGCGACGAGUAUCGGUUUGGCGGACAAGCUGGUGUGGGUCAGCUAUCAGGAGGUGGACAGCCUCAGACCGGCAAUAUAGAAGAGUUUCCCCCACUCGGAGGUGGGGCUGGUGAAGUUGGACCAGACCGACGAACAGGCAUGAUACAGAGCGCUGCAGCAUACGGAGGCAACGCAGGCGGAAACGCUUUCCCUGGACUGGGACAGACACGGAAUGGUCUCUCUAGCCCAACGGACAGUGCUCAGGAUCGCCAAAUAAACACAGCUGUCGGCGGCAGAGGACUCCAAACAGGUGGAGCGUCGAGGACACCUUUUGAGGGUAUGCGAGGAACGCCCAGUGGGCUACAAGAUGCUGAACGCAGUUCACUUGGCAACUUGUCGUUUCUCGGUUCUCAAGUUCCGCCGAUCGGCCGUGCUCAAAACAAUCAGUUUGAGCAGAGCUACAGUGCGGAUAAUGCCGACUCCCCAAACGCACAACAUCCUCAGCACAAGAAAUUAGCAGAGAUGACCGACUCAGAACGAUAUGGCCUCCCGGGUCUUCUUUCAAUGAUUCCCUUGGAGAGCCCCGAUUACUCUUCCCUCGCUGUUGGUCAGGACCUGACUGUUCUUGGCCUCGACUUGAGCCGCCCUGACAACUCUCCUCUCCACCCAACGUUUGGGUCCCCAUUUGUGGAGUCCAACGUGAAACCAGUGAUUCCUCCCGACUUCACAUUACCAGCUGCCUACACCGUCACCAACGUUCCACCGCUGCAUACCAAAAUGGCUAGCUUCUCUGCGGAGACCCUCCUAGCCAUCUUCUAUCAAUACCCACGAGACAUUUUGCAGGAGAUGGCCGCAAACGAACUAUACAACCGUGAUUGGAGGUGGCAUAUGAAGCUACAGCAGUGGAUGAUGAAGGAUCCCGACCUACCGCAGCCGAUGCGACUUUCGCAGAAAGAGGAGCGCGGCUGGUAUCUCUUCUUCGAUGUGACAAAUUGGCGGCGGGAGAGGAGGGAGUUCGAUCUCAACUACGAUCACCUCGAUCAACGUCAUGGCCCACCUAUGGUUCCAGGGCAGAUAUAAGAGAGAUUCCUAUAUGAUGAUAUUCAGCAAAGAGGACUUUCCGGAUGGUUCGUGUAUCAUGGCAACAGCACGGUGUUCAGGUCUCCCAGCACUGGUUUACUCUAUGGCUUAGGGAGGACAACAAGGGAAAAUUCUAAUGAACUUUCAAAAUCUCAUACAUUCUACAUAGUGUUUCGGAGCCUCCGCGCAUGUGCGUUAUCACAGUGUGUUAGGCCGAUAACCUGGAAUAGGACGAUGAUUCAGUUUGCG